UGCCCAUCAGUGCCACAUUUCAGUGCCAAUCAGUGCCACCCAUCAGUGCCAGUCAGUGCCACCCAUCAGUGCCAGUCAGUGCCACCUAUCAGUGCCAGUCAGUGCCACCUAUCAGUGCCCAUCAGUGCUGCCUAUCAGUGCCACCUAUCAGUGCCAGUCAGUGCCACCUAUCAGUGCCAGUCAGUGCCACCUAUCAGUGCCAACAGUGCCUCCUCAUCAGUGCCCAUCAGUGCUACCUAUCAGUGUCCAUCAGUGCAG